UUAAGGCGGCUAUGUUAGAGGAACCAACGAUAGAGAUUGUGUUUUCUCUCACCUUGGCGGAUCUGUCAAGGGAGACAAGCCGGGGAGCUGUUGACUUGCGCCUGUCUCCACUAGUCCAGUCCAAAGCCAGAAACCAGCUGAGCGGUGUCUGUGAGCACGGCAGGGAGGAGGGAGCUGUGGGGCUGGAGCGCCACCAGACAGGGACGCAGGGAAGGACUCGGUCUGGGAUUUACCCCGGGAUAGGCCUGUGGAGCUCGGGGAGUCGUCCCUGAGCGGGCGCUCAGGGCGGUGCCCGCGGUGCGGCGUGGGCCGGAUCGCGACCCCAGUCCCUCCCCGGGGCCGAGUCGCAGCGGCGCGCGCGCCGCCCACGCGCGAUCGUCGCUAUCGCGGCGGCCCGGCUGGCCCGGCCUCGCAUCGCGGGGACCCUGCCAGCCAUGGCCCAGAUCAGCGACCAGACUCUGCCCGGGCCCGAAACCACAGUGCAGAUCCGUGUCGCCAUCCAGGAGGCCGAGGACGUGGAGGAUCUGGAGGAGGACGACGAAGGGACCUCGGCGCAGGCAGCGGGGGACCCAGCCCGGUACCUCAGUCCUGGCUGGGGCAGCGCCAGCGAGGAGGAGCCAAGCCGCGGGCACAGUGCCACGACAAGUGGAGGUGAGAAUGAGCGUGAGGAACUGGAGCCGGAGUGGAAGCCCCCGGAUGAGGAGCUCAUCAGGAAGCUGGUGGAUCAGAUUGAGUUCUACUUUUCGGAUGAGAACCUGGAGAAGGACGCCUUCCUGCUCAAGCACGUGCGGAGGAACAAGCUGGGCUACGUGAGCGUCAAGCUGCUCACCUCCUUCAAAAAGGUGAAACACCUCACGCGGGACUGGAGAACCACAGCACAUGCCUUGAAGUAUUCGGUCACCCUGGAGCUGAAUGAAGACCACCGUAAGGUUAGGAGGACCACUCCUGUGCCGCUGUUCCCCAAUGAGAACCUCCCCAGCAAGAUGCUGCUGGUGUAUGAUCUACACCUGUCCCCCAAGCUAUGGGCCCUGGCCACGCCCCAGAAGAAUGGAAGGGUGCAGGAGAAGGUGAUGGAGCACCUGCUCAAGCUCUUUGGGACUUUCGGAGUCAUCACAUCGGUGCGGAUCCUCAAACCUGGCAGAGAGCUGCCUCCUGACAUCCGGAGGAUCAGCAGCCGAUACAGCCAGGUGGGGACCCAAGAGUGUGCCAUUGUGGAGUUCGAGGAGGUGGAGGCCGCCAUUAAAGCCCACGAAUUCAUGGUCAGUGAAUCGCAGGGCAGGGACAACAUGAAAGCUGUCUUGAUCGGGAUGAAGCCACCCAAAAAGAAACCCCUCAAAGAUAAGAACCAUGAUGAUGAGCCCACAGCUGGUACCCACCUAAGCCGGUCCCUGAACAAGAGAGUGGAGGAGCUGCAGUACAUGGGGGAUGAGUCUUCCGCCAACAGUUCCUCCGACCCUGAGAGCAAUCCCACCUCUCCUAUGGCUGGCAGGCGGCAUAUGGCCGCCAACAAGCUCAGUCCUUCUGGCCACCAGAAUAUCUUCCUGAGCCCAAAUGCCUCCCCAUGCUCAAGCCCUUGGAGCAGCCCCUUGGCCCAGCGCAAGGGUGUCUCCAGAAAAUCUCCCCUGGCUGAGGAAGGCAGACUAAACUUCAGCACCAGCCCCGAGAGCUUCCGGAAAUGCACGGAUUACUCUUCGGACAGCAGUGUCACCCCCUCAGGCAGUCCCUGGGUUCGCAGACGGCGCCAAGCCGAGAUGGGGACGCAAGAGAAAAGUCCAGGGGCAAGUCCCCUGCUGUCUCGAAGGAUGCAGACUGCAGAUGGGUUACCUGUAGGGGUGCUGAGGUUGCCCCGAGGCCCCGACAACACUAGGGGCUUCCAUGGCGGACACGAGAGAAACCGAGCCUGUAUAUAAUACCUUCUGUUUUUAAUACCGGCUCCGCUAAAAACAAACUUUGUUUUCAAGGUCCUCACAAAUAGCUGGCAUGACAGAGAAUGGAACUCAGUCCCCUUAGAAAGUUUUUGUAUCCGUGUAGACCUUGUAAUUUAUAGAUUUGUAAGGUAUAUAAAUUGUGAUGUGUGCCAUGGUUUUAAGAUCAUCUUCUGGCUGGGGCUUCUUGCUCCUGGCAUGGCCGCUGUUUUGAUAAUACCUGGCAUGUGUUGAGUAUGAUGGCUCUGAAGGGCUGUGGGAAAAUGUAGUAGUGGGUUUGUCUGCUGGGACUGGCUUUUUCCUGCAAUGACUGAGCUGUCUGUCCUUGUCAGACCAUGCACGGGCUCCUGAGACCUCGAAGGAGUUUUUGCUCAAUGGCAAAUCCUUCAGCCAAUAGCAUGGUGUCUUAUAGGACUGUCUAUUCCCUGUGAAGUGAAUAAAUAAUUAAACACCCACUGGGAGUCCCGUAUCUGAGGUCACAGGACAAGGAACCUAACAAGGACAUAUUUUCUCCGUCUACCCUACAGUGUAGCCCUGUGCAGGCCUGGACUCACCUGGAGAAUCCUGGCAGCCUAGGAGGUCUGUCCUCACAGUGAGUCUCACAGAACAGGCAGCUUUAGUUUCCGCUGAUGUCCAUACAGCAUCCCAGACCAUCAGCAUUGGCAUCACCUGAGAACUUGCUAGAAACACGUAUUUCCAGGCCCCAUACCAGGCCAAAUGGUCGAGAAACUGCCAAAGGAGGAAUCCUUGGUGAUGGAGGAAGGUCAUUGGUUAAUUAAUAAAGAAACUGCUUGGCCCUGAUAGGUUAGAACAUAGGUGGGUGGAGUAAACAGAACAGAAUGCUGGGAGGAAGAGGAAGUUAGCUCAGACGCCAUGCUCCCGUCUCCCGGGUAUUGGGAUUAAAGGCGUGUGCUACCACACCUUGAAGUCACAGAGGUCAAUCUCCCUCUGCCUCCCAAGUGUUGGGAUUAAAGGUGUGUACUACCACACCCAACUACUUUCUUUCUUCUUGGGAUUAUAUAUAUCCAGAUUUAAAGAAGAAAAAAAGACCUCCUGUGGGAAGCUAACCUGUAUCUGGACUGAAGGUUCUGGGGUUUGUUUUGUUGCUGCUGCUGAUAGUGGUAGUAGUGAUAAUGAGGCUGGUAGUGGUGGUGGUGCUGGUGGUGGUAUUUUCUGAGACAGUCUUGCCAUGUAGCAUUGGCUGAUCUCAAGCUCCCAACCUGGUGACUGAGGUCCUGCAGCCAUUUAGUCCCAAAGAAAUACACCAAGGUCUACAUUAAUUAAUAACUGAUUGGCCCAGUAGCUCAGGCUUCUUAUUAAUUAGUUCUUAUAACUUAUAUCAGCCCAUAAUUCUUGUCUGUAUGCCAUGGGGUUUGGUACCUUUUUUUGGCGAGGCAGUCAACAUCUUGCUUCCUUUGUGUCUGGCUUCCUUCUGUCUGGGUGAUGAUUGCAGACUGAAAUUUUCCUCUUCCCAGAAUUCUCAUUGACCCGCCUAAACUUCCUGCC